AAAAAAGUAUAUAUAUUGAUUAGCCAACACAUUCAAUGUCGUCGUCCAUGUGAAAUUAGGGUUAUAAUAAAUCAGAUCCUUUUAUAUGAACAAAAACUGACUUUUGUGUGUGUGUGCGCGUGUUUGGUUACAUUGCCCUUUGAACUGAGGAAGAAUGCCCUGCGGUUUUCUUUUCCACUGGCAAAUGCAGUUGUUGUACAGCUGCUCAAGAAUGUGUCCACGUGAAAGGUCUCUUCUGAAGAUGUGAAACCAUUCAUAAAUUCGAUUAGAGAUGCAGAGCUUCAUCUUAAUGUAUUGAAGGACUUUGACAGCAGUGUCUGAUGCUAAUCUCACUCUUCAUGAAAGCAUAAACGAUGGCAGACGUAAUGCAGACGAGGAGCAGAAACCGCUGCUGUGCUGGAACUAAAUCUGAAGUUUUGAGAACGCAUCAGCCGCUGCAAACAUCAUGACUUCUCCGAGUCAUUCAGACUCUCAGAUGGACCAGACUGUGGAGCUUUUGAAGCCGUCGGCGUUUGACCACAUUCCCACAGUGGAGCUGAGUUCCGCUCUGCCUGUGAGGAUUCCUCCGGCCGCCAUCCCCAUGGAGCUGCGUGUGGAGCAGACACAGACGCUGGACUCGAGCCGCCGCCAGCAGCAGCUGCAGCACGAGAUGCUGGCGCUCAAACACAAGCAGCAGCUGCAGCAGCAGGUCCUCGUCACUGAGUUCCAGCGGAAACACGAGCAGCUCUCGCGCCAACACGAGGCCCAGAUACAGGAGCACAUGAAGCAUCAGCAGGAGCUUCUGGAGCAGGAGAUGGAGAAACAGCAGAGAGAGCAGAAGCUCCAGCUCCUCAAGAACAAAGAACGUGGCCAGGAGAGUGCAGUGGCCAGUACUGAGGUCAAGAUGCGUCUGCAGGAGUUUGUUCUGAAUAAAAAGAAAGCGCUCGCUCAGCGCAGUCUCAACCAGUGCAUCUCCAACAACCCACGCUACUGGAGCGGGAAAACUCAGCACAGUUCUUUGGAUCAGAGCUCCCCUCCUCAGACCAGUGUUAGUACCUACAACCAUCCUGUCAUGGGCGUCUACGACUCCAAAGAUGACUUUCCACUGCGCAAAACAGCAUCUGAACCGAACCUGAAGCUGCGUUCGCGUCUGAAGCAGAAGGUGUCGGAGCGGAGGAGCAGCCCGUUACUGCGCCACAAAGACAGUCCCAUCAGCACGCUCAAGAAACGCUCUCUGGACAUGACAGAUUCGGCGUGUAGCAGCGCUCCUGGUUCAGGACCCAGUUCCCCAAACAACAGCUCACACGGAAACCUGUGCGAGAAUGGCAUCAGCGUGACUGAGUCAUCUCACAGGCCGGUUGGUCAGGACGUGUCGGUCAGUCAGCUGUCACUCUACACGUCUCCUUCACUACCCAACAUCACCCUGGGUCUGCCGGCCACUGCCACCAACAACGUGACUUCUACCCAGCCGGACAGUGAAUGUUUAUCUGUGACCGGUUUACCAGUAAGCACUCCAUUUCUGGUCGCUCACCUGUCGUCAUUUCUUGGCAAUUCGGAUGCUGCAAACUCCCACAGUGCACUGCUGCAGCACAUGGUCCUUCUGGAGCAAUCAGCCCCACCAAGUCCUUUGGCCACAGUGGGAGCGGCGGGGUCGCUGCAGAAGCUGCGUCAGCACCGGACGCUGGGCCGCACACAGUCGGCUCCUCUGCCCCAGAGUGGACAGGCGCUGCAGCAGCUCGUGGUUCAACAACAGCACCAGCAGUUCCUGGAGAAACACAAGCAGCACUUCCAGCAGCUCCACAUCAACAAGAUGUUGAGUAAACCCUGUGAUCGCCAGCACCAGAGCCACCCAGAAGAGACGGAGGAAGAGCUCAGAGAGCAGCAGGAUGCCACACAGACGGAAAUGCUUUCCAUGAGCCUCCCCAUUAAACAAGAACCGCCUGAUCUCACAGAGGAGCGGAUACCAGAAGAACAAGAGCCGCUUUUCGAAGAGCAGGCCUUUCUACUGGAGCAGCAGAGGAUCCAUCAGCUCAGAAACUACCAGGCAUCCAUGGAGGUGGUUGGUGCAUCGGUCAAUUUCCCAGGGCACCGCCCUCUGUCCAGAGCCCAGUCAUCUCCUGCAUCUGCCUCUUUCAUCAGUCCACAGGAACAGCCAUCCAAACCCCAUUUUACCACAGGUCUGGUGUACGACUCUCUCAUGCAGAAGCACCAGUGCAUGUGUGGAAACACCAACACACACCCCGAACACGCCGGACGCAUCCAGAGCAUCUGGUCUCGGCUGCAGGAGACGGGCCUGCGCAGCCAGUGUGAGUGUAUCCGUGGGAGAAAAGCUACAUUAGAGGAACUGCAGACAGUUCAUUCUGAAGCUCAUGUCAUGUUGUAUGGAACCAACCCACUACGGCAGAAACUAGACAGUUCUGUCAUCUCCAUGUUCGUCAGGCUUCCGUGUGGUGGUAUUGGGGUGGACAGUGACACGGUCUGGAAUGAAGUUCACUCGUCGAGCGCAGCGCGUCUGGCCGUCGGUUCUGUCGUCGAACUCGUCUUCAAAGUGGCAUCAGGAGAGCUGAAGAACGGUUUCGCUGUGGUCCGGCCGCCGGGACACCACGCAGAGGAGAGCACACCCAUGGGCUUCUGUUACUUUAACUCUGUUGCCAUAGCAGCUAAACUCCUACAGCAAAGACUCAAUGUUGGCAAAAUUCUGAUUGUUGAUUGGGACGUUCAUCAUGGCAACGGAACACAACAAGCGUUCUACGACGAUCCCAGAGUUCUGUACAUUUCACUUCAUCGAUACGACAAUGGCAAUUUCUUCCCAGGCAGCGGUGCUCCUGAAGAGGUGGGCAGUGGGCCGGGAGUCGGUUUCAACAUCAACGUGGCGUUUACUGGAGGUCUAGAUCCACCGAUGGGAGACGCAGAAUACCUCGCUGCCUUCAGGACGGUGGUGAUGCCGAUCGCGAGUGAGUUUGCUCCAGAUCUGGUGCUGGUGUCGGCAGGGUUUGAUGCGGUGGAAGGACAUCCUCCUCCAUUGGGAGGAUAUAAACUCACCUCCAGAUGUUUGGGUCACCUGACUAAACAGCUGAUGGGGUUAGCGGGGGGUCGAGUGGUGCUGGCGCUGGAGGGAGGUCAUGACCUCAGGGCAAUAUGUGACGCCUCCGAGGCCUGCGUCUCAGCGCUGCUGGGGAUAGAGCAAGAGCUGCUUUCAGCAGACGUCCUGAAGCAGAGACCCAAUGAAAACGCUGUGCGCUCCAUAGAGAAAGUCCUAGAAAAUCACAGUCAGUACUGGAGCUGUGUCCAGCAGGUCGUGUACGGCGCAGGUUUGUCUUUGCUGGAAGCUCAGAGGGGUGACUCUGAGGAGAGUGAAACGGUGACCGCAAUGGCAUCUUUAUCUGUCGCAGCAUUGGAGAAAAGGACGGAGGAUGAGCCCAUGGAAGAGGAGCCGCCGAUGUAGGGGACGAGAGUUUUCCCAGAGCUCUGAGCUCUUCUGGGACUCUGCAUCUGUUUGACUUGGUCUCAUCUGACAGUGAUCCUCGCUGAGCAGAGAGAGACGUCAGGGUGAAGGCUAACUCACCAUGUUAGCGCUGUAGCCCCAACGCAACACGCUCGAGCUGAAGUCACUUGAGAUGUUUGUUUUUGGAGAUUUCUGUCCCAUUGGCUCGAUGUGCACACACCUCGUUGCAGACGUCAGCCAGGAGGUCGUUCUGACAGAGGGAUGGAUGGAAAGUCGGGUUCAGACAAAUCCUCCAUAGGCUCCAGGAGCCCUGUUUAGUACUUACACCUUCAGCACCUCAGCGUUUGACUCACCAGUGCCACUUUACAGACGUUUCUCAGAGAGGGAGUGCCUUGAAGACCAUUUGAACUAUGAAUGAAUUCUGAGGAACUUUGCCUUAAUUCAGGAAUGUCCCAUAAUUCCAGUGGGUCGACUGAUUAGGAAGAGAAAACCUUUUCAGCAUGUUUACUUGGACAGCAUUUGCGCUUUAGUCCUAAACACACAUUGUAUAGCGAUGACUGACUUUUCUUUGGUUUGUUUUUUUGCAGAAACUGUCUGAAGCUCCAGUGAAGUGUAACAGUGGCUCCACAUCACACAGUGGAGCUUCACACAGCAGCUGAAGGCAGGACUUGGUUACAGAGUGGGUUAUUGACUGCAUGCGCAUUACAGGACAAAACUACACGACUGAACCGGAGAUCAGAAGGUAUGACCAAAGCAUGAGUUGCAUCUUGUGUUGUACCUUCCUCUAACCACGGCGGAUG